AUGGCGGCGGUCCGCAAAAACAAAGAAAAAGACACCGCCGAAGCCCAAUUUGCCCACAUCCUUGACGACGCCAGCAAAUUGUACUCGGACUCUUCCAAAAGCAAACUCACAGACUUUCUCAACCCACCUCUAAGCAACGUGAAAGACCUAAUUUCUGAAAUCGACAAGCAAAAUGAGCAAUUCUCCAAAUUUCGCGAAAAGCGACAGUCCAUUUUUAGUGCUCUCGCCGCUUGCCUUGACCCGGUCGAAACCAUCGGUCAAAUCGUGAGCGGCGCUGCGGCAGAGACUUUUGCACCUGCUGAAGGGAUUUUUGGAGCAGUCGCCUACCUUAUUGGAGCUGCGCGCGAUGUUUCCUCGGCGUAUGAUACCAUUGUUGAGUUGUUUGAGCUUCUCAAGGACUUCACAUCAAGACUAGAUGUGUAUGUGCAAUACCGAAUGGGAAGCGCAUUACGAAACAAAGUCGUCACGAUUCUAGCACAAUUAUUCGAGGUAUUCGUCCUUGCCGCCAAAGAGAUCCGUCGCGGCCGCUUCAAGGCCUAUUUCAGAACCCUCUUCGGCAAGGGAACGCCCGUCCAGGAGGCACUCGACAACCUGAAAGCCCUCAACAUCGGCGAGGAAAGACAAGUCCUCGCUGAUACAUACGGAGGCGUUAGUAAACUCAAUGUCACGACGGAGAAUAUGCAGAGCAAGCUGGAUGAGAUGAAUCAGACUAUGAUGCAGAUACGCUCCGAGGGACGGGAGCGCACCGUCGCUGCACAUCAAGAUAAACUCAAGGAGAUCUUGGAUCCCUCGCCAUUCCCUGUUGACUUCUUCAACUUGUUCAAUAAGUCAAGGGCUGAUUCAACGGGUGAAUGGAUCCUUCAAGACGGGGGCUUCAGGGCGUGGCUCGACAAGAAGACCAACUUUCUCUGGAUAACUGGCGCAGCAGGUACCGGAAAGUCAUAUCUGACCACUCGUCUCAUCUCAUGGGGCUCUGAUAGGAUCUCUCGCCUCGCAUACUUUUAUUUCCGCGACAACAACCCAGAGACCCGUUCAGUCCUCCAAGCUCUACGCGACGUCGCCUAUCAGCUUAGCGAAAGCGAUCCUUUCUACGCAAAGCAACUCCUGAGGGGCGUGCAGAAUAUCGAUGAGAUUCGAACAAUCCCCAGUGCCUACCGCAAACUCUUUGUUCAACCUUUCCGGGAAGAAGCGCAGGCAAAGGCUAUCUACAUCUUUCUCGACGGCAUCGAUGAAGCAGACUCCGAAGGUGUACAAGAACUGUUGGAACAGCUAGGUUCGAGCGACGAGUCUGUUCGAAGACCAAAGCAUGUCACAAUUCAGGUCGCUCUUAUUGGAAGAACGUACAUGACUGAAACUGUGACAUAUACCCUCGAUCCCUCCAACCGCGGUAGCCAGGCCAUUACAACUCUUCACGUUACGCCCGAUCGUAAUGCUGAAGAUGUCAAGCUCUACAUUGAAGACAGCGUCUGGCACCUCCGUAAUCUCAGCCGUACACCUCCCGACUUCCGACAAAAGAUCAUAGACGCCAUGAUCAAGCAAGCAGACGGCCUUUUCAUCCUCGCCAAGUUCAUGAUCGAAGACAUCAGCCGCAAGCGACACCCACAAAGCAUUCUCACAAGCCUACAAUCGUACCCCAAGGAGAUCAACGGAAUUAUCGCACAGACACUAAAGAACCUUUCCGAGACUCUUUACGAAGACCAAACAAGAGAUUUAAACGAGAUGCUGCAGUGGGCCGCAUGCGCCGAAGAAGUCUUGUCUCUAGAGCAAUUGGAGGCCGUACUCAUCAUGCGCUUCGGUGACCCGCCGUUCCAUCUUGAAGAAACUCUGCGCGGUCAAUACGCAUGCUUCUUCGAACUUGAGCGCGAAGACGGACUGACAACAGACGAUCUCAUCCGCGAGCAUGAGAAACAGCAGCGCAUCAAGAAUGGUGAUCUCGGCUCCGGAAGACGAUCGAGUUCAGCAAGUCGACCAGGCUCUGGCAGAAGUGGAAGUCCAAAGAGUCCAACAAUCUUUGGCCGCCAAACCGGAACGCCUGACCUCGCACGUAAUCUCUCUCCUCUGAGACGUGCGAGCCCUACGCAUGGUUUGAGUCCUGUGCGAGGAAGCCCCGGCCGCGGUGUUAGCCCAGCGGCCAACUCUGAUCUCUUCGAUCCCAUGAGCGACAUGGACUUUCGAUCGAGCAAGACCAACACCUGGAUCACUUUCUUCCACUCUUCCAUCAAGGGUUUCUUCAGCACAGAGGACUCUUCCAAGUACGGCACGGGUAUUGGCUUCAACCCUCUUGUCUCGCGCAUCCACAUCCUCAAGACUUGUCUCUCUAUCUUUACCGACAAGGCGGGCUUCGAGAAAUAUCGUCUCAGCCCGAGUGGUCGUGAGUCAAUGAAACAAUACUCCGCCUGGUACUGGCAGGAGCAUCUGGCCGUGCUUGACCCGUCGACCGUCCCUGCGCCCGAGAAGAAGGUGUUGGGCGAGUACGUGUACAGAAUGCUUACUGACGAUAACAUCAUUCUCGACUGGACUCUUAUGUAUGAAAAGAACGACGAAGGUCUUGAAGUUCUCACAGACGCCAACAUGAAGGGGCUGAAGAGAUGGAUGGCUGACCCCGAUGUCCUCGCCUCUUUGAACCCCAAAGCUCGCGAGUGGGCAAGCAAAGCUAUUAAGGAAUCUCCCGGUAUCUUCAAACCUAUUGGUGACCUAUAUGCCCGUGCAUGGCUAUCCGAGGACUUCAAAAAAUAUGUACCCACGCUGUUCUGCUUCAAGAUCGUCCAGUCCAUCGCCUUUAUGGAAGACGGAUAUUCGUGGUCAGGCUGCAAUACGCACUGGACAGAGAUCCCGGUCGAUAGACGAAUCGUCAAGGCCUCAGAGUGGGCAAAGAUCCCGGAAAGUGCGCACUGGCACCGACGAUGCGGAAGUACAUACCUUACAAACGGUAUGCACAAUAAGGCGUUGGGACACUAUGAUAGGGCGCUUGUUCUCGACAAUAACAGCGUCGAGACUCGCGGUCGCAUUGCGUACUGUCUCUCGCGUGACGGAAGGUUCAAAGAAGCGCUUGAGCAAGCCCUCAAGUGUGAGAUUAUCGAGCGCGAGAGCAUCGAAAGUGGAAAACUUGAUGAGCAGGCAUUGAAGAGUUGCAAGUGGCGCUUAUACAAGGAUCACAUCCUCAUCGCGUGCUGUUACGAGGAACUCAACAAAGUUGACCCAGCACUCGAGUACUUUCUCAAAUCCAUGGUCAGCGCCAAAGACGUCGGUCUUGAUCGCAAGGAGUGCAAGGAAUACUUUGAGCCUGAGCUUGGAUACCUCGAGCUUGUGGCUACGGAGAACCGCCAUGAGGCUGUAAUCGAGUUCCUCGAGCAAAUGUCCGAGCAAGUCACCGACGCAGAGAACAACCGUACUCGUCUGGUAGACUUCUUGCUCGAAUUCCACAACAAACCUCUUGUCAUCGACUGGAUCCCCAAAGCGGCUAGCAAAGUAGGCGCUACAGAGUUUAUUUAUGAUCGUUUGCAGUUCACCAUUGAUGUCGCCACCGUAUCUCGCCUUCCCCUCAAAGCGCUUUACCUCCGUCUUUCGCUUGGAGCAACAUACACGUACAGUCGCGACAUCGAGGCUGCACUGGACCUCUUCGAGGGUAUCACACAACUCGGCUACCGACCCCGUGGCAAUGUUCCCACCCGUCAAGCCUACGCUCUCGCAUUCCAGAAGCUUGCGUCGCUAUACAAAGAGCGCGUUCUCCAUGCUGGACUUAAGACGAAAGAAGCAGAUGAUUGGCUGGAGGAGCUGGACAAGAUCAAGCACAAGCAGAAUCGGCAUCAGAAUCAUGACAUGCCGAUUGAGAUGGUGGGAUCAGACGUCAACAUCGCCGCCAUCUACAUGAUCCUCUUCAACAGGCUUUUGGGCAGGAGCCCUUCCACAGACCGCGAUCUGCGCAAGCUUAUCAACGACAGUCUCGAUAUUCUAUCAGACGACGACGUAUCAAAUGACGAGUACGCUCUGGAUAACCUCCUCGGCCUCUUCAUCGCUGCCGACGACAUCGAAAAUGCUAAGGCUCUUAGCCAAUCCAUGCGCAAGGUUGAUCCCAAGAUCCUGGCUUCCACUCCUGAAGAUUCACCCAUCCUGCAACGCCUGGAUCCUAAGCUCCCCGAGAUCCAAACCAUGCGUCAAAAUUGCGCGCAGUGUCUCGAUCUGAUCUCUCCUUCGGAUGAGUACUACAUCUGCGAGUUCUGCAUGGAGACAUAUGACGCCAAGUGCAUGAAAGUUAUCCAGGGUGAGGGGAACAAGACAAGUGAUCACAGGGAUGAUUUGAUCUGCAGAAGUGAUCACAAGUGGUUUGCUGUACCGCCGCUGAGGAUGGUGCUGCAUAGAGGAGAGAUUCUUUUGGGGACUGGAAAGGUAGCGAGUUUUGGAGAGUGGAAGGCUGGGCUAGAGCAGAAAUGGGGACGACAGAAAAAGAAAUAG